AUGGUUUCAGAAGAUUUUCAAACACACGUCAUUGUUAAAGCUUUGCGAAGUUUAGGCUACUCCCAAAUAGCAAACAACCUCCUUCAAGAGUAUACGGCAAAAAUUCAAAAACAACAAGCACAAGAAAUCCCAACACUACUCAAUUGGUUCCAUCACGCUUUACGUACACACAACUACCAAACAAUCGAUCAAUAUUUACUAAAAUGUCUUGAAGAAACCCAAGAUGAAAGUAACUUUAAAGCCACCAACGACUUUAUCAAGUUGACAAACUAUCAAGGAACCAAAAACAAACUGGUUAUAUCCCUAGUAUUGUAUAUGAUUAGAAGAUUCAAUUUCUACCAAAAUAGAAACAAAGUCGAUGAAUUGAAAUAUAUAUCAAACCAAUUACUACCGUUGAUUGAAUCAAUUGACACAAAAGAGGAAUAUGGCGAAGAAAGCAUUUACGACUUGUUUGACCACUCUAUACUCCAAAACUUGACAUUUGAACAAGAGUCCAAAUUGCUAUUAAACAAAAACAUUGACAUGGACGAAUACUUUUUCAAUAUUGCACCUUUGGAAGACGAUAUACACCGAGCUCAGGAUGUUAUUUUUCAAAAACUAUUCAUAUUAUCUCCAAUCAUCUUCAACUCUAUAACAAACGUACCUGCACUCUCGCAAUUAAUUGACUAUGCAGUCAAAUACAAACAAUCACAAGUACCACUAUACCUCCCACCAAGAAGCAAACAAGAACGCAAAGGAAGAAGAAGAAAUAAUAGUAAUAGUAAUAAUAAUAGUAACAACAGCACAAACAAUAUAAUAACAACAACAACAACAACCUCAUCCACCGAGUCAGAUCCAUUCCAGUUCCACAACUUCAAUGUAACAAAACUUCUCCAUACCCUAACCCACCAUUUGGAUGAAGUUUGGUUUUUGAAAUUCUCGCCACUGGGCAAAUUUCUAGUCACAGGCUCAUUGGAUGGCAGAAUGAUGCUAUACGAUGUCCAUGACAAGUUUAGAUUAAUCAAGGCUUUGGAACCAACUAAUGCAGCAGAUGAAACAGCAUUUAGCACACUUUCAGCAAAACCAUCUAGCGGGAAAACCAAAGCAGUCAUCUACUGUUGCUGGGACCCCAAUGAACAAUACAUUGUCAGCUGCUGUCUCGAUACCGUGGUUAGAGUAUGGCAAAUUGGUGAUAUCCACAAAAAAAGAAUUACUAGAAGUGAAGCGCAAUCUCUUCUGCUGGAAAUAAAACUUGUGACUUGCUUCACAUUGGGACAGGAUAUAAAGACUUGGUCAUGUGAGUUUCUUCCUCACAUCAAAGAAGUAACACUUUCAGAUUCUGCUGCUGCUGCUGCUGAUGCUGCUGCUUCUUCCUCUACUACCACAAUAAAAACACCUCAGUUUAUUAUAGGCUCGCCUGAUAAAGUGUUGAAGAUUUUCGAUUGCCACGGUAGAGAAAUCUUCGAUUUUUAUUCCAACAUCGAUGAAGAUAACGAGCCGUUUAAUUUCAGAAACCACCAUGAUUGGACAUCAACAUUCCCACACGAUGAAGAUAUAGAAUUGGAUCCAUCAAAGGGAAGUACAUUAUCAGGAAGAACCAGAGGGUUGGGAGAUGCACCACCUUCAGGAGACGAUGAUGUGUCGAUGAAGAGUAUAGAUGAAACAACUUCAGCAGCAACAGGAGGAGCAGCAGGAGCAGGAACAGGAGCAACAUCUUCAUCAACCUCUCGUGCCAAUCUAACCAAUGGAGACAAUGCAAUUGCCAAUGAAAACCCAUUUUACAGAAUUAAUGAUCUUGCAGUUACACCCGAUGGACGCAUCCUUAUAACAGCAAAUAAUGACCAACAAUUACAUUUCUUUAGCAUCCCCGACCAAUUCAAUGAAGAAUCAACCACAAGAAAGCUCGCCGAGAUCAACUUGAAGGGCCGCUUAACCUCAUGCUCGGUCUCGCAAAAUGGCAAAUACGUGCUUGUUAGCUCUGCACCAGAUGAGUUGCAAAUAUGGGAUAUCUCGCCACUAUACAAUUACAAACCACCAAUAUUAUAUCGCAAGUAUAUUGGCCAUAGUCAAAGCUCAUACAUUGUUCGCUCCUCAUUUGGCUACUUGAAUGAAGAAACCGGUGAAGAGGAAUUGGUGUUGAGUGGAAGCGAUGACGGGUUUGUCUACUUUUGGAAAUUACACACGGGCCAACUCAUAACAAGAAUCAAAGCCCACGUAGACUUGUGCAAUGCCGUCGAUUGGAACUUGAGAGGUGUUUACACUAAAAAUAUAGAUUACGGUAAACUAUGGGGAAGUGUUGGCGACGACAAACUAGUCAAAAUUUGGGGGUGUGACGAAAAAGCUAAAACUAAAGGGAAUAUCUAG